AUGUUCUGGCUGGAGGAGGGCUGGGUCUUUAGCAUGUGGAUGAGCGGAGAAAAGGCAAAAGAGCUGCUGCAGAUGGCAGAAGACGUUGGUGGGAACAUCGCCUUUGAUCUGAGAGCUAGCAGCCUCCUGUGGAACUCUAAAAGAGCAGGUUUGACGAUUCUAAGUUUGUUGAAGGAGAAAAGCCACCAAGCUGGAAGAAGGUGGAACAUCUCGGGCUCUGUUGUGGCUGCUUUCGAGCCUUUCCUCUUGUCCAUUUCUAACAACAUGGUGAUUCUGUGGGAUCAACGUAAUGGACACCGACUUCAGUCUGUUUCUGUGAAAGGUCCCCUACUGAGUGUCAUUGUAGCACUUGGAAAAUUUCAAACAGUGCCCAGCACUCCAGUCUGCAAUGCCCCAUAUUGGUUAUGCAGACAGUCAACAGUCUGCCUUCCACCAAACCUUCUCUGUGAUGGUAAGAGGGACUGCCCUGAUGGAGAUGACGAGGAGUUGUGUGUAAGCGCUUGUCCUAAGGAGGAAUUCAAGUGUGAAGACAACAGAAACUGUAUUCCCAGAAGCUUCUUGUGUGACGGCCGGGCCCACUGCCAUGAUGGCUCAGAUGAGGUUGACUGCCCAACCGUGGUGGCUCCUCUAUCGCAGACAAAUGUCCUAAAGUGUCGCAGUGGCUCAAUGCUGUGUCAAGAUGGCACAGAGUGUGUUUUAUACAGUCAUGUCUGUGAUGGAGAAGCCGACUGUACUGACAGCUCUGACGAACUGGGAUGUGAUGCAACACAAGAACCUACAAGUUGGACAAAACCAAGUGGGAAGCUUCCUGUUACCACACCUCCUGCUCCGACUCUGCCAGCCUGCCUCAGCCCGUCUGUCCUCUGUCCUUCGUCCAAUGCAUAUGUUUGCAUUUCUCAGUCCCAGUUUUGUGACGGGCGUAAAGACUGUCCUAAUGGCUUUGAUGAAGAGAACUGCAUAAAAAGUUGUCCAUCAAAAAGUGAUUUUCUCUGCAAAGACCAUCGGAGCUGCGUUUCAAAGAGUUCAGUCUGUGACGGCCGCUCUCACUGCCUUGAUGGUUCAGAUGAAGUGGACUGUCCGAACUUGGUUCAAACUGCUGGUCAAAAUGGGGUCAAAUGUCGAUUUGGGUCUAAACUUUGCAGCAAUGGAGUAAGCUGUGUUCUCCUGAGCCAUGUUUGUGAUGGAGAGCAGGACUGUUUGGAUGGAUCCGAUGAAGAAGGAUGUGGUGAGCAUUUAUCAUAA